AUGUCGCAUAGACCAAACACACCUCAGCGAGAUAGACCGACCGAAUACAGAUUAUCGCUAUCAUCCAAUCCUAGUUCGAGGCGAUCCAGUCUAGGGACGAGUCAACGUGAUCAACAGGCAUCCAACCAAACAAUGAUCGACAAAUAUGUUUUUCCUCAAUUACGAGAAUUAUCCGACUCGAUCGUUACACUUGAUAGCAACAUGACUCACAUGAACUUCAUUCAUGAAUCGAUUACAGAUUUGAACGAAUCAUUGAGUGCGCUUCUCUACGGUUUGAUGUGUAACUCGUGGUGCGUUGACUUUCCAAAGAUUUCCCAUGAUACUGCACACGAAUUGAAGUUGGUUCAGAAAUUAGAAGAAUUAAAACAAGAAAAGUUGCGUCUACUGGCCAAACUAAAGCCUGAGAGUGUAAGUUCGAAGUCUGCAGUACCCUCUUCUAUACAAUCAAUCAGCAAGAGGGGCAGUCAGCUUCCAACAAGUAGUUUGAAUACAAAUCGGAAUACAAAUACAAUGAUGCUAAAAAAUAACGAAGACGGUAGACCUACCAAUCAAAAAGGAGCACAUGAUGAAAAUGACAAUAAUAACGACGACGAUGAUGACGACAACACGGCGGCUUCGUUCGUAUCGAAUCCUACAACAUUCAGGUCCCAAAUCCCUAAUCCCACAUCAACAACGUCAUCAUCCGUACCUCAUCGACCAAUGUUCAACGAAAAACCAAAUCAAACAUCGUCUAGGAUCAGGAGACAAUCGAUAUUACACCAAAUACGUAACAGCACAGGUCCCUCCAUCAACAAUGCUGCAUCUACGAAUCCAAAUUCAAACACUCAAAGAAAAAGAUCAUUAGCUGUAAGUGCUAAAAGAAUACCCUCCCAGGCGGGCCCAUCUGCAUCUGCCAUCAUUUCUACGAACAACAAUACCAAGAGUAACACCGAAAAUAAUCAAAAAAAUGGCAUAUCAAUAUCGGGCCCUGGAAAUAGAUUUCGCACCCCGCGACCAAGACAACGAACAUAUCAGAGUAAAGACUUGUCUAGCAGACCACCUUUCAGAUAG